AUGCGAUCCUUCACGCCCAGCGGCAAAGAUGGGCGUGGAAGCCGCAGAAGCUCAAUGACCAAUAACAGGUUCAGGGCCAGUACUAGCAAUAUUGAUCGCCCCCAAACCACACUGCGACAGUCCAGGAUCGCAUCCUUCCGAUCAAGUACCCAACCAUCCUAUAACCUAUUCACUGGCGAGUCCAACCUACCUCGCCCUGCCUCUCGACAAAGCCACGCCCCAGAAUCUGUCCGCCCCGGCUCGCGCGAAAGUCAUAAGGAGAAUAUGGCGCCCCCCGACGCGGACGAGUACGAAAAGUAUAGGCGGCAGAUCGAGGCGUUGAAGGCGGAGAUCGGAACACUGGAAUACCGUAUGCAAACAACUGAGCAAGAGAAGGAAAUCGCCCUGUCAACAAAUAACGGCAAACUCGAGCAAGCUCGUAGGAGAGAGCAAGAUGAAGCCCAACAGCGACAAGCUGCUGAGGCUGAGCGCCAGAAAGCAGUCGAACAAGCCGAAGCUCUACGAAGAGAACUAGAGGACGUCAAAGAGUCGGUCGAGGAGGAUAAGAAGAAGCUGGAGCGCAAAGCUCGUGACGCAGAGGAUGAGGCCCGUUUGCUUCAGGAUCAGCUUGAGGACCUGUCCGCUGCCAAGGACGAAGCAGCGCGAAUUGCCGACCGUAAAGUCACCGACAUGGAGAUGCAGAUCGCUGCUGCCCAAAAGACGGUUAAAGAAUUCGAGCAGGAGAACGAGCAGCGAGAGAAUAUCCUUCAACAAACACAAGCCCAAUUGGCCGAGAAGGAUGGUCAUAUUGCCAACCUCGAAGCCGAUGUUCUGCGACUCAAGGCACAGAGCGGCGACGCCGAGACGAUGGACAUCAUCAGACAAGAACUUUCCGAACAGGUUCAACAUAUUCGCAACCUCGAGUCUACAAACCGCGAUCAACUCUCCGAGCUUAAGCAUCUACGAGCAUUGAGCAAAGCAGUUGAAGUUGUCGAGGAAGAGAAGCGAAGCCUACAACGAAAACUGGAGUACGCGGAGACGAUUGAAGCAGAGCUUACCGAAGCCCGUAUCCAGCGACAGCGUCUUGAGGACGAGCGAUUGGCCUGGUCUGCGUACCUCGAGAAUGCUGCUGCGGCUGACGCAUCCGAAUUCGACUCACCAGAGGCCGUGGCGAGAGCUCUGGUGGAGGAGCGCCUAAACAAUGCCUCUUUCGUUGAGAAGGUGGGCGCUCUGCAAGCUGAGAUGAGUGCGGCACAGAACACGAUCCAGUCCCUGAACGAAGAGAAGGCUCAGCUCAAGGGCGAAGUCGAGAAGGCCAAGGGCGCUGCCAGCGCAAAUAAUGCCGACAAGGCUCGCGCGCGACUUGAACGACAGCGUGCCAUGGCUGUCAAGGAGGUGGAAUACCUUCGCGCACAGCUGAAGACUUUCGAUGUGGAGGACGAGACGCUUCAACCCGAGAAGUUCGACGAAGCCCGCGCACAACGUGUCCAAGAGCUUGAAGAGCUCGUUGACCAGUACAAGAAGGAGGUUCAGACACUACACACUGAACUUUCAUCUCUUGAGCCUUCGGCAACAGGCACCCCACAGCCAGUUACAGGCAGCAAGCGAUCGAGAGCGGAGGAUGACAGCACUCACGAACAGCUUGGACAGCUUACAAGAAAGAAGCGCAAGCUGGAAGAGGAGCUGACAAAGGCUCAGAACAAGAUUGCUCUAUUGGAGAAGGACGUUUCUACAAGCCGCGAGCAAUUGAAGGCUGCCAAGCAGUCUACACAAACACGCGUCUUGUCGCUCAAGUCAAACCCUACAUCAGACUUUGAAGCGAUCAAGCGCUCUACCCUCGAAGCUCUGAAGAAGGAGAACGAGGAUCUUCUAGCCACACUUCGCGGCAAACCAUCCACAUCCAUGAUUCCGACCUCCGUCCUGUCCGCCAUGGAGCGCGAGAUCACAGCCGCAAAAUCCGAAACAGCAUCCGCCGAGAAGCGAACUCGUCGCCUUAAGGAAGUCUGGGGUUCCAAGUCCCAAGAGUUCAAGGAAGCCAUCUUCUCCACGCUCGGCUGGACUGUGACGUUCAUUCCCAACGGCAAGAUGCGCGUUGAGAGCACUUUCUACCCCUCGCAAACCGACGAGCACGAGAACUCGAUCGUGUUUGAUGGCGAGCGUGGUACGAUGAAGGUUGGUGGCGGCCCGCGAAGUGAUUUCGCGAGAAGAAUUAGUGAUCAGAUUGGGUUCUGGGUUAGGGAGAAGGGAUGUAUUCCUGGAUUCCUGGCUGCGUUGACACUGGAGUUUUAUGAGGAGCAUAGCAAGGCGACUAAGGAGGCGUGA